AUGGCGUCGUCGUCGUCUGGCCUGGAGGAGCUGGAGCUUUCGGGCGAGGAGGUGGAGCGGCUGCGGCGGGCCUUCGCGGACGAGGAGUUCCGGCGCCUGUGGGGCGAGUACGCGGCCGAGCUGGCCGACCCGGCGCAGCGGGCCAUCUACGAGGCCGAGGUGGUGGCGCUGGAGCGGCAGCGGGGCGUCGAGGCCCACUUCCUCCACCCGGAGCCCGGCUGGGUGCUGCGGACCAGCCAGGCCGGCGCCCGCCGCUGCUACCUCAACAUCUGCGGCCACCCCCGCGUGGGCCGCCCCGAGGCCCGCCCCGAGCCCGGAGGGAGCCGCUGGAGCCUCCCGCACUGCCUCCCCCCGGGCCGCGAGGAGCUGGCCAAGGGCGGCCGCCGCCUGCCCGUCUACGACGUCCUCUUCCACCCCGACGCCCUGCGCCUGGCCCGCCGCUCGCCCCGCUUCCGCAGCCUCCUCCACGACACGGCCCUCGACGCCGUGCAGAAGCGCUUCCAGCCCGGCCUCGACCGCGCCAACGCCCGCCGCCUCAAGGGCGCCAAGUACAAGGGGGUGCCCCGGGCCUCGCUGCUCCGCACGCCGCUCCCCGGGGGGCUCCCGGCGCCGGCGGGAGAAGGGGAAGGAGGAGGGGGCUCGCCGCUGCCGCCCUUCCCCACCCCCUACGCCUACCCGCCCCCAGCGGCCCCGCGGGAUCCGGACUCGCCGCCCCCGGAGCCGGUCCCCGCCGCCGCCACUCCGCGCUGGACCCUCCGCCAGCGCUCCUACGUCGACCUCCAGGACUACCGCCACAGCCGCGACUCGGCGCCCAGCCCCGUGCCCCGCGAGCUGGAGGUGACCGUCGAGCUGCCGCUGCUCUCCUCCGCCGCCCAGGCCCAGCUGGAGGUCCGCGGAAAGGAGCUGCGCCUCGACUCCCGCCGGCCCGCCUACAGCCUCCGCCUCCGUCUGCCCUACCCCGUGGACGAGGACGCCGGCAGGGCCGCCUUCGACAAGGCCAAGCGGCGCCUCGUGGUCACCUUGCCCGUCUUGCGGCCCCCGCAGCCCGCCUUCCUGCCCGGGCCUGCAGCGGAGGAGGAGGAACCUCCGGGAAGCGGCAGCGGCGACUCGCCUUCCUCCUGCGCCGCCCCGGCUGACCCUCUUCCCGAGCGAUCCAGCCCUGGCCAGCAGCUUUGCUCUGCUGCCCACGUGGGGACAAACGCCAUGGAACUUCCGGUGGGGACAAACCACGUGGAGCUUCCGGUGUGCGCUGACCAAAGCGGUCCGGGGGCAACCGGGACGAGCAGACCGCGGGGAGAAUCGCCUCUUGACGACCGCCUGGGUGCCACCCCGGGGCUCGCUGAGACUAACCGUCGGGUGCUUUUAGACGCCGCCAACGGGAACGCUUCAGGUGCCCCGGAAGGUGCAACAGACAACAAGAGCCAUGAGUCUGAGUGCGUUUUCCUUGCUCCCGAGGUGUGUGUGGGCAACAGUGUGGAGCGUCCAGCGUGCCUUGACCCUGCUGUCGUUCAAAUGAAGCCUGGCACUGACAUGGAUCUUAAGCAGGGCCCGGGGGAUGCCAAUGCUGUGCCCUCGUCAGAACUUGAUGAUGCAUCCACCCCUUCUAUACAACUCGGGGGUACCAGCUCUGAUCACCCUGUGGCCAAAGAAUGCCACAAUGGCUCCCACCCGCAUCAGAAUCUGGAAACCUGCACCGGUACAGAUGGCACCCAGCACCCCAGUAACUGCAGCCACCCUGUAGCACCAGUGUGUUCUCCCUCCACAGAUCUUUCUGUGACUGCCGUGGGUGCCACAAACAGCCCUCCGGGCCCCCCUCUGCUCUCCGGGACAGACCUUGGUGUUGACCCGGAGCCUGCCUUGAGCCCUCUGGGCAGCCUUGUCUCUCCCUUGCCCCCCAGCAGCUCAAUUCCCACCCUGUGCCCUCCUUUCCAGUGCACUCAGGAUGAAGAGGCCCUGGUGCUACUCUUGCAAGUGCAGGGCAUCGAUCCCCAGAGCCUCAAAGGGGAGGUUGGCGCACAUCACUACAGGGUUAGCUUUGCCAGCAAAGACUCGGUUUCGUACGCCCUCUUCUUGCAGCUUCCUGCUGAAAAUAAACUGACUUCUCCCGAAACUAGCAUCAGCGUGUCGUUAGAUAAUGCUGCCAUUCACCUGGCGAAGGCACCUGACACCACCGGCCUUUGGACAAAGCUGUACUUUGGCCUCAAUGAAGACGCCAUGCAGGAAAAGUUGUUUGUCACUGAAGACAACGUCUCUGAGUUUCUGGAUAGCCUCCCAAGAUCCUCCUGCCCCGGCCAGCCUGAGAUGGAGCAUCAGCCACUGAUUGAAGUGCUGGAAGUGUCUGAGGGGAAGAGUCGGAUCCGGUUAAAGGCACCAGAGCGUAACGGCCCCGAAGCUGGCCCAGCAGAAGAGGAAGUUAACCCUGGGAGAGAAGUCGGUGAACACCCAUCCAGAGCAGAGAACCGCCCUAUGGCAACCAACCCAGCAGGAAACCACACCCCGCAAACCGAAAAGGCCUCCGACUCACUCACAGCUGCAGAAACAAAGGAACCACCGGCUGCGUGGGGACGGGGUCGUUGUGGGGAGCCUGACCCUGCCGGCUCGUCCCAGAAGCCGCAGAUAACAAAGCCGCAGGAGUCGAGAGCCAGACGGCAGCCGCAACUUGGCAGGGGCGAGCGUGCUGGGGCGGGAGAGGAGUUGUGCCCAGGCUCUACAGAGAACGGCGGUCCGCCUGCUCCGGUGUUAAGGGAAACAGACGCAAGAGACGGGAGCGUGCAGCUCAUUCGAGAUCACACGACACGCUGUGCCGUCUCUUUUCAGAAUCCCCUGUUGUACGAACUAGAUUAA